AUGAAAAAAGCCACGUAUAAACUUAACAAACUCUUUAAGGCUAAACUUAAUGGUCAGCCAGUGCUAGGAUGUACCCGACCAAGUUGUUUCGGAUGGACUGUCGAUGGUAAACCAAUUUCUCGUGAUUCUCAGUUUUAUCGAGUGCUGGGAGCUCCUGAUGGCUUUCAUCGUAAAGGCAUUCAGAAACCACGCAGAAUCAAUCAUUACAACAGUUACUUUUACAAAGAACAAGUCGCUACGUGUGAAAAAACAUUCGAGAGUGAGAGCUGCCUCAGAAGUGAUCAGUGGGUUGGAGGUAUUAGUCCCAUGUAUAGUCCAAACAUUUUGCCCUUAAUAUUGCAAUGUUGCACUUACACUUUCUUACGUAAUUCUUCCACGGAGCGGGGCGUUGCAGUAGUCAAUCCUGGACAAAUUGUGGUCGGUGGUGAGAUUUUAAAAAAUGGACGGCAAUACGCAUUCGAUUAUAUUGCCGAUAUUCUGAAUUUGAAUGAUCAAGAUGGCAGUGUGUCAUAUGACGUAACUAUCCGAAGAUUCAUGUGCAUACCGAUUCCUGAUGAAUUAUCUGUACCGAUUGAUGAAACGGUAAUAAGUCAAAUUAGAGAAGAAUUUGGAGGGGAAAAUAUGAAUUUAUUAGUUGGAAAGCGAGAAGGACUUAAUAAUGUUGUUUAUCAGGCUCCUCUCCAUGAAAUCAAAGAGGGAAAAGUGCGACAAUUUACGGCGCCACCUCAGCAAGAAGAAUUACAACUUCCGAUUCCACAACCGAAUACAGGUGAUAGUAGUCUAUAUUGUUUCUCAGGUGACAUGAUAGUCCACACGUAUGAUGGACAAGAUAUUUCACUGCGCAACGUGGAACAGAAUGAUUGGAUUCUGACCAAAUAUAUGAAUGAAGCUAGUCAUCAUAUUUAUAUUACUUAUGCUCAAAUAACUUCAUGGAUUCAUCGUUUACCUGAGAAAGAAACAGAAUUUUAUGCUAUUAUUCUAGAAGAUAAUACGCAACUAAAAUUGACUGCCAAGCAUUAUAUUUACAAAACAACUUGUGAUCACAGUAAUUUUUUUAAUGAUCCAUAUUUCGUUAAAGUGAAAGUCACCAAGAUAGAACGUGUACGUGAAAAAGGCAUCUAUGCACCUAUGACAAGUACCGGUGAUAUUAUCGUAAAUGGCAUUUAUGCAUCGUGUCAUACUUUGCUCGAUAAUUAUUUCAUACAAUCGUCAUUUUUCGAAGUAAUACUUUUGUUUCAAAAAUAUAUUAUAAUUUAA